AUGCCGCGCUCCUUCCUGGUGAGAGCGCACUCCAGCCACAGGGUUCCCAACUACAGGCAGCUGGAGACGCAGAGAGAAUUCAGUGCCUGCAGUGCCCGUUCUGCCUGCAGGGGCCUGGUGGGGCCCGUCCUCAUCCCAGAGAAGUUGGCCUCUCCCACACCUGCUGACCCUCCCCGGCCCUGGGAGCGCACCUCUGUCAUCGCCCGCAUCUCCCUGCCCCUUCCCCGCCACGAGGAAGCGCAGGGGGCCCCCGGGCCAGACCCCUUGCAGGUUGGCCCGGUACACCUUUGGGCCAGCCGGGCCCCCAGCGUACCCCUCAAAGAUAGCCUGAACCAGCUUAACCUGCCCCCGCUGCUGGUGCUGCCCACACGGUGGCCCCCGAUCCCGGGCCCCGCUGGGGACCCCGCUGCAGAUGGCCGGCUGGGUGCGGCACGGGCCCCCGGCGGCUUCCAGUGCGUGCACUGCGGCAAGCCCUACCACACGCCGGCCGGGCUGGCCAGGCACCGGGAGCUGCACUGCCAGCUGCAGGCACGGCGCUGCUUCUCCUGCAAACACUGCGACAAGGAGUACAGCAGCUUGGGCGCCCUCAAGAUGCACCUGCGCACGCACACGCUGCCCUGCCCCUGCGCCGUCUGCGGCAAGGCCUUCUCCCGGCCCUGGCUGCUCCAGGGCCACAUGCGCACCCACACAGGUGAGAAGCCCUACAGCUGUCCUCACUGCGGCAGGGCCUUCGCCGACCGCUCCAAUCUCCGGGCCCACCUGCAGACACACUCCGACACCAAGAAGUACCAGUGCACGACCUGUGCCAAGACCUUCUCCCGCAUGUCGCUCCUGGCGCGUCACCAGGAGUCCGGCUGCUGCCCCGGCCCCUGAGGAGGGUGGGCUCGG